UCGCCCGGACCCGCUCCCUUUACACCCGGGGAGGUGGGGGGGGGUGGCUUCUUAUCUGCGGGUCCCAGUUUGUCCUCUCGGGAGAGCGCGAUAGUGGCCUAACGGGUGGGCCCCAUCACUUAGGGCUGCUCAGUUUCCAGAAGCCCUUGGCGUUCCUGGCAAUGAGGAAAAGGCAGGGACCUAGAGCCUGGCCUAUAGGGAAGGCUCAGGAAUUGGCACCUUUGGGCGGCUGAAUCUUCUGCGAGCAAAUCGUCUAAGAGCCAUCUCGGCCAUUUCUCUCUCCCAGGAUCCCCUGGGGUCAUGCCCUUCCUCCUUGCUCCCUCUCCACCUCCCUUAGGGCCCAGUCCAUCUCAUAGCUGAGCUCUGGUGGCUUUUCUGCACCCCUGCCUAGACCCCUUCAAUUUCUGAGCCCCUCUGCUAUGCCAGGCUCCAAGCUGGGUGCUGGCUCCCAGGGCGCAGUGGGCUCAGAGAGCGGGGGCAGGGGUGACAGACCGGCAAAAGAUCAUGUCAACAGGAAGUGACAAGUGCUCCAACAGGGGUUCAAUCCAGGGAGGCUUCCUUGAAGAGGUGACUUCCAAGUUGGGCCAGGGUCAUGCAAGUAACAUGGGGCUGGAGCGUGGGUGUGCGUGGGGGGUGGGUAGUAGUGGGAGGAGAGGCAGGGGCCUGGGCAGGCCUGGGUCUGCAUGGCCACCUGCCUUGUGCCAAGAUCCCGCCGGCAGUAAUCCACCCGAGGUCCACACUGACAGCUGCAAAAAAGCCCCAACCCUGGCCCCUCCCUCUUUGUCCAACUUCAGGCCUGCGGGCCCCUUUGCCUGUUGCACUGCAUCUUUUCAUCCGGGAAUCCUGGCUUGGCCCACCCGUUCUCCCCCCUCCCCUCUCCUUCCUUUCUGCCUCCCACCCUCCCGGCCUCUCAAGGCUUCUCCGGACCGGGAAUGUCCCCCCACCACUCUCCAAAUCCCGCCCAUCCUCCCUCCAAUCCUUGGGAGCCUGCCCUCUGACUGCCAGGCUUUCUCAAAGUCAGGUUUCUCAGUGGGGCUCUGGGGUGGACUAGACUCGCGCCCUGGCAGAUGGCAUGGGGGGAGGGGGGACUGAUGAACCCCUGAGCCUCAGUUUCCUCAUCUGUGAAGAAGGGACAUGGGUGCCCACCUCCCUGGCUUAUGGGGAAGAGCGACGGGGACAGUCACAGUGGCCUGGCCGUCUUCCCUGGGUCUCACCCCCUCCUCCCCACCUAGCACACAGGAAGUGACCCAGAACUGUGGGCUGACAAACGAGGCAGAAACCACGCCCAGACCAGAGGGGGGUGACAACCCGGGUUCCCCACACGCCAGCUUCGGAAAAGUCGUUUGUCAGCAGGAGGUCGCGCUGGAGGGCAGGGUUACCCAAUCUGGUGUCGAAAGGCGCUGCCUCGAUGGGCAGCGGGAGGCUUCGGGGGCUGCACCCAGGCUCUGAGCUGCCCUAGGGCUGCAGACUGGCUGGGCGUGGGCCCUAGACAUGGCCCAGCCGCUGCCCUUUGUCCUCAAUGUCCCUGAGAUCCCGGAGGACCAUGACCGGGAGCCCAGCCCGUACGACGAGAGUGAAGUCCAUGACUCCUUCCACCAGCUCAUCCAGGAGCAGAGCCAGUGCGUGGCUGAGGAGGGACUGGAGUUACGGCAGAGGGGGCUGGGGGCCGCAGCCCCGGGGACCUCGGGCAGUGGCCGCCAGGCCCUCGUGGGGCCCGAGGAUGCUGCUGCCUACAGCACGGCCACGCUCCGCAUCCUGGCCAGCAUGCCUAGUCGCACCAUCGGCCGCAGCCGCGGGGCCAUCAUCUCCCAGUACUACAACCGCACGGUGCGGCUUCGGCGCAGGGUCAGCCGGCCCCAGCUCGGGGGCGUGGGGCGCUCGGCCCGGCCCAGCCUCCGCCUCUAUGACCUGGAGCUGGACCCCGCGGCCCUCGAGGAGGAGGAGAAGCGGUCCCUGCUGGUGAAGGAGCUCCAGAGCCUGACGGUGGCCCAGCGGGGCCACAUGCUGAAGGGAAUGCCCUUGGGCCUGGCUGAGAAACGCAGCCUGCGAGAGGAGAGCCGGACCCUGACGGGGAAGCCCAGGGAGCGGCGGGGCCGGCGUGGGCUCUUCCCCUGCUGCGGUUGGCUCCGAGACACCUGCGUCCUGGCCCUGCACGGCCUGGGGCUCUGGCUGCUGGCGGGUCUGCACGGCCUGAAGCCCUGGCGCUACGCCCUGAAGCGGAUCGGAGGCCAGUUCGGCUCCAGCGUGCUCUCCUACUUCCUCUUCCUCAAGACCCUGCUGGCCUUCAACGCCCUCCUGCUGCUGCCCCUGCUGGCCUUUGUCGUGGGCGUGCAGGCCGCCUUCCCGCCACCAGCCUCCCCGGGCCCUGUCCCCGCCUUCACGGGCCUGGAGCUGCUCACGGGCGGGGGCCGUCUCACCCACACCGUCAUGUACUACGGCUACUACAGCAACAGCACGCUGAACCCGCCGUGCGUGCCCGCCCCGGAUGGCGGUCAGUGUGGCCGCGAGACCGACGGCCUGCCCUACAACAUGCCCCUGGCCUACCUCUUCACUGUGGGCGGAGCCUUCUUUAUCACCUGCAUCACCCUGGUGUACAGCAUGUCACACUCUUUUGGGGAGAGCUACCGGGUGGGCAGCACCUCGGGGGUUCAUGCCAUCACCGUGUUCUGCUCCUGGGACCACAAGGUGACUCAGAGACGGGCCUCCCGCCUCCAGCACGACAACAUCCGAACCCAUCUGAAGGAGCUGCUGGCCGAGGGGCAGCUGCGGCAGGGUCCCCGGAGCGUGUGCGGGCGGCUGAGGCAGGUGGCGGUGCUGGGCCUCGUGUGGCUGCUGUGUCUGGCGAUCACGCUGGGCUGCACCGUGGCCGUCUACGCCUUCUCCGAGCUCAUGAUCCAGAGCCCCGUGUCUGCUGAGCAGGGGGGGGCGCUGCUGGCCCUGCCGGUGGUGGUCUGCCUCCUCAACCUGGGGGCCCCCUACCUGUACCGCGGCCUGGCGGCCCUGGAGCGACACGACUCCCCAGUGCUGCAGGUGUACGUGGCCGUCUGCAGGAACCUCAUCCUCAAGAUGGUCAUCCUGGGGAUUCUUUGCUACCACUGGCUGGGCCGCAGGGUGGGCGCCCUGAGGGACCAGUGCUGGGAGAACUUUGUGGGCCAGGAGCUGUACCGGCUAAUGGUGCUGGAUUUCAUCUUUAUACUGCUGGACACGCUUUUCGGGGAGCUGGUGUGGAGGCUCAUCUCCGAGAGGAAGCUUAAGAGGAAGGAGAAGCCGGAGUUUGACAUUGCCGGGAACGUUCUGGAGCUGAUUUACGGGCAGACCCUGACCUGGCUGGGGGUCCUCUUUGCUCCCCUCCUCCCUGCCGUCCAGAUCAUCAAGCUGGUGUUUCUCUUCUACAUCAAGAAGACGAGCCUGAUGGCCAACUGCCAGGCGCCCCGCAGGCCCUGGCUGGCCUCCCACAUGAGCACCGUCUUCAUCUCGCUGCUCUGCUUCCCGUCCUUCCUGGGAGCCGCCGUCUUCCUCUGCUAUGCCGUGUGGCAGGUGAAGCCCUCCAGCACCUGCGGCCCCUUCCGGACCCUGGACACCAUGUACGAGGCGGGCAAGGUGUGGGUGCGGCGCCUGGAGAAGGCGGGCCCUAGGGUCUCCUGGCUGCCCUGGGUCCACCGGUACCUGGUGGAAAACACCUUCCCCGUCUACCUGGUGUCGGCCCUGCUGCUGGCUGUGAUCUACCUCAACAUCCAGGUGGUGAAGGGCCAGCGGAAGGUCAUCUGCCUCCUCCGGGAGCAGAUCAGCAAUGAGGGGGAAGACAAAAUCUUCUUGAUCAACAAGCUUCACUCUGUCUACGAGAAGAAGGAGAGGAGCAGGUGUUGCCGGGACGUUUUAAAAAGCGCAGCUUCGCACCUACCCUCUUCUCGAUUCCAGACGCCGAGCCUCCUCUUGUACUGUGGGCAUCAGGACCCCCGCUGCCCACUCCUGGUCACUCCCGACCUGGGCUUACGUAGGGUCACCCACCCCGUCCCCAGCUUUCCGCAGCCCGUUAAAAUCUGAUCCGGCCUCCCGGGCCCGGGGCGGCCCCACCUCCAGCCUGGCGCACCCCUUGGAUGUUUUCGGGGCGCUGAGCCCGUCGCCCUGGGGAGCAGGCGCUGCCAGUUUGCUCUCUCGCAGAAACCCUGGACACUGCACCUGCUUGUUGGGAGUGCCGGGGGCGCUUUGCCCCGCUUCCGGCUUCCAUCCCUUCUGGUCUUGCGCUUCUCCGGACCGUGAGCCCCUCGGCGCGGUCCUGCGCAGCUUUCCGAAGAGGUGGGGCAGAGCCAGGAGUCCACGGGCCUGCCUUCCCGCUGCGGAAGGGGAGUGGAGACAGACCCUCGUCCUGCCAGUCUCUGGGCGAGUGGUCACAGCGGCGGACGUGCCGGCUUGCCUCCCAGAGACCGUCUUCACCAUCCUGAUGAUUAGAGGCGCCGACGCUUCCGGAACCGUUCUAAGGUCACGGUGUUCGGCGCGGACCCGAGAACAUAACCGAAGUGUUCGCCUUUCGGCUGCCGCCGGGGGGAGAUACGGCACCGAGAGCCACCGCGUCCUGGCCGUGCCUGGACUCCCGCUCUGCUCGUGCACAGUGCUUCGUGAAACGUACCUUCCACGGCUUAUUUUGGGUUGUUUUGCAAGGAUAAACGAGGAAACGUCUAGGAAACACAGAAGACCUCCAUCAUGCGCUUCUGUUCAAAUAUUUCUGACGCCCAAACCGGGUCGCGGGGGCCGGGGGGCCGCAGGCCCUGGCCGCGUCUCAGGCUCUCGACCAUCCGUGGUGGGGCUUCAGUGCGAACUGCAAAGGUACGAGACAAAUGAGAACAUUAUCCGCCACCCAGCCGGCAUCCGGAGCUCCGUCUCCUUAUUCGCGUCGGCUCGGAGGCCAUCAGAGAGGGGCGCGCUCUCUCCCCCAGCACAUACAAAGUGAAAAUCGAGGAUACCUGUCCUUGGGAAAACAAAAACAAAAACAAAAACAAAAAC